ACCAAGACCAUGAAGUGCCUGCUGCUUCUCGCCUUUAUUGGGGUGGCUGUUGCCUUCCCCACCUUUGCUGAAGAUGAUGAUGACAAGAUUGUGGGAGGCUACACCUGUGCAGAACACUCUGUGCCCUAUCAGGUGUCUCUGAAUUCUGGAUAUCACUUCUGUGGAGGUUCCCUCAUCAGCAGCCAGUGGGUCCUGUCGGCUGCUCACUGUUACAAAUCUCGCAUCCAAGUGCAGCUGGGGAAACACAACCUGGAACUCACUGAAUCCACUGAGCAGUUCAUCAACUCUACUAAAGUCAUCCGCCACCCUGGCUUCAGUGCCCAAAAUGCAGAUAGUGACAUCAUGCUCAUCAAGCUGGCCACCCCAGCCCAGCUCAACAAAGCUGUCCAAACCGUUCCUCUGCCUACCAGCUGCGUGGCCACCGGCACCACCUGCCUGAUCUCCGGCUGGGGCAACACUCUCAGCAAUGGCAUUGAGUACCCAGACGAACUGCAGUGCCUGGAUGCUCCGGUCCUCUCUGCCGCCGAGUGCUCCAAUGCCUACCCCGGGCAAAUCACCAAGAACAUGAUGUGUGUAGGAUUCCUGGAGGGAGGAAAAGACUCCUGCCAGGAAGAUUCCGGCGGCCCCGUGGUCUGCAAUGGACAGCUCCAGGGCAUUGUUUCCUGGGGUAUUGGAUGUGCUGAGAAGGGCCAUCCCGGAGUUUACACCAAGGUUUGCAACUACAUCUCCUGGAUCCAAUCCACCGUGGCCUCCAACUGA